CUUUUCGUUUUUCGCCCCCCCCGCCCCACUUUUCUCUUCUUCAUAUUCACUCAAACUCCCCCAUUUCUUGAUUUCAAUUUCAACCCCCUUCUCUCUCUCUCUCUCUCUCUCUCUAGAGGUGGAGUGAUUUAGAAGAAAAACACACACAUAUAGAUACAUAUAUACAUACACAUAAUUCAGUUUGAGUGAACAGUGGGAUAGUAUAGUAUAGUAUAGUGGUUGUUGUCCCUUUUCGCUUGUCUGAGGCUUUUUCUCAUUGCAGAGUUCUUUCUCUCUUUCUCUGUUUCAUCAGACUGGGCUUUUGUCUGCCUUGGGAGUUGUGCCCAGUGUAAGAGAGAUUUCUGCCAAUUUCUUGAUUGAAUUAUUGUGGGAUUUCUUUCUUUGGGUGGGGAAGCUCUUUAAUCACAGGAACAUCAGUGCCCUGAGCUCCAAACACUUUGCAAUCUUUGCCUUUCAGCCACAAAAAUUUCAAGGAAAGUUUUUGAAAACAUAGUGGAGAAGAGAUGGAGUCAAAUUUCGUGGAUGAAAUUGACUGCGGAAGCUUCUUCGACCAGAUGGAUGACUUGAUUGAGUUUCCACCUGACAAUGAUUGUGGUGAUGGUAACUUAAUUAGCUCGGGCGAUUGCGAGGAUUUUACGAACAUGUGGAACGAUGCCUUGCCGGAUGCUGACCCUUUUUUCUCCGGCAGCCAUGUCGACUGCGCCUCCGACCUUUCUGCCGAGCUCUCUGUUCCGUAUGAGGAUAUUGUCCAACUGGAAUGGCUUUCGACUUUUGUCGAGGAUUCGUUUUCGGGCGGAGGGUUGACGAUCGGAAAAGAGAACUUGUCCAUCGACGUGGAGUCAUCGCGCAACCCAUUUCGAACCUCGAGUCCAGUUUCCGUGUUGGAGAGCAGCAGCAGCAGUAGUUCUUGCUCUGGCGGUAAGACUAUGCCUCUCAGCCCGAGUCAUCGCGGCACCCAACGUGCACGGAGCAAGCGUCCUCGCCCACCAACUUUCAAUCCUCGCACGGCAAUUCAACUGAUCUCCCCUUCGUCGUCUUCCAUAGAGACCGAAACUCCACAACCAGUUUUUGCUCUGGGAUUUUCCUCUGAAUCUGAUAAUUUCGCCGACUCGCCCCCUAAGAAGAAGGUUCCAAAACCAGCUGAAACAGAACAGAAGAAGCACAAGAAGAUCAAAAUAACUUUGCCUGCCGAUCCGACAGCAACGCGCAACGACCCUCCAGCCCAAGCUGCAGUGCGGAAAUGCUUGCACUGCGAGAUAACCAAGACACCUCAAUGGAGGGCUGGACCGAUGGGCCCAAAAACCCUAUGCAAUGCCUGCGGCGUUCGCUACAAGUCGGGCCGAUUGUUCCCUGAGUACCGUCCAGCUGCCAGCCCGACCUUUGUCCCAUCUUUACACUCAAACUCCCACAAGAAAGUCAUCGAGAUGAGAAGCAAGGUCGGACCCAUAACUCAAGCUGCAGCACCCGAGCUCGUUCCCAAUGCUUCAUGAAACGAAAGCAGAAAAUGUUCCUUGUCAUCUCCUUUAAUCUUAUGCUAGUUCUUUUCCAUUUCUUGGUUCUUUGGUUCUUUGUACAGUGAUGCAUUGGGUGGGGGGGAAGGAGGUUUAGAUGACUGUAAUUUAGCUAGUCGGGAGACGGAACAAGGAGUGAGAGUCUAGGAAGUUUAACGAUAAACGAAGAUUAGGAUGUCGGCUUCGUCUUAAAUCUUGCUUUAGGUCCUUAAAGUUUUAUGUAUUGGUCAGGACAGUACUGUCUUUAUAUCUUAGCACUUGUAGUGAUCCCUCAUGGGAAUUCUUUUUGCAGUUGAUAUUUGUUGUAGGGACUCCAAUCAGAUGGUAAUGAAUUGGAGUUAUGUCUUGUUCCUCUUCUUUUC